GGUGAAAGCCAAAAGAGUCGCUUACAAAAGCCCCUGAAAACCUUUAACCUUCUUCCCCUGCAUCUCUUAUGCUAAUCACUUCCCUUGCUUUUAUAACCUCUAAAUUUCCCCAUGUCUCGACCACAACAAAAAUAUCGAGGUGUUCGCCAGCGCCAUUGGGGAUCUUGGGUUUCCGAAAUUCGUCAUCCUUCAUUGAAAACACGGAUAUGGCUGGGAACCUAUGAGACAUCAGAGGAUGCUGCGAGGGCAUAUGAUGAAGCAGCGAGACUCAUGUGUGGUUCAACAGCACGCACUAAUUUCCCAUACAAUGCAACAGAAUCUUCAAGGUUUCUGUCUUCUGCUUUGAUAGCUAAACUUCAAAGAUGCAACAUGUCAUCUCUCACUGCUACGUCAAGAAGACCUGGAAAGACAAGAUUGGAAGAUAAAAAAGAGAACGAGAUAUCCACGCUUGUUAGAGACACGGGAGAUGGAGAAGAAAGGCAGAGUGAGAGUGCAUCACAACAAUACAUGAAGGCACUUGAAGAUGAACAUAUAGAACAGAUGAUUGAGGAAUUGCUUGAUUAUGGAUCUAUUGAGAUGUGUUCUGUUCGCAAUGAAUAAGACAUAAAUGCAAUAAUUAGCUUCAAA